AAUUGAGAAUGAUGCGUGUAUGCAAAUGCAACUAUAAAUAUUAGGAUUUGUUUAUCAUUUUAACAGUGAAGCUCUUACCAACCACACUAAUUCUAGUCACUAGUCAGAAAAAUUAAAGUGAAGAGAGAUGAACGGCGGCGGAGGAAAGGUGGUCUGCGUCACCGGAGCUUCCGGUUACAUAGCGUCUUGGAUUGUGAAGUUUUUACUCCUCCGUGGCUACACCGUCAAGGCCACCGUUCGAGACCCAAACGACCGAAAGAAAACUGAACACCUUCUUGCACUUGACGGCGCAAAAGAAAGACUCAAAAUAUUCAAAGCAGAUCUUGUAGAAGAAGGUUCUUUCGAGCUCGCAAUUGAUGGAUGCGACAGUGUCUUCCACACUGCCUCACCGGUUACACUCACUGUCAAUUCUGAUCCUCAGGUUGAGCUGAUCGAUCCAGCGGUCAAGGGUACUAUUAACGUCCUAAAAACUUGCUCUAAAGUGUCUUCCGUCAAGAGGGUCAUCUUAACAUCGUCCAUGGCCGCAGUUCUUGCUCCUGAGACCAAGUUGGGACCAAACGAUGUAGUAGACGAAACCUAUUUCACUGAUCCAAGUUUUGCUAAGGAGAAAAAGCAAUGGUAUGUACUUUCCAAGACUUUGGCCGAAGAUGCAGCAUGGAGAUUUGCCAAGGCCAAUGAGAUCGACUUGAUCGUUCUAAAUCCAGGACUUGUGUCUGGACCACUCUUGCAUCCAUCCCUUAACUUCUCGGUAGAUGUGAUUGCUGAACUUAUGAAAGGUAAGAACCCUUUUGAUACUAGACAUUAUAGGUUCGUGGACGUGAGAGAUGUUGCUCUAGCUCAUGUCAAGGCACUCGAGACUUCUUUAGCCAAUGGCAGAUAUCUCAUUGAUGGUCCCGUUGUUACCAUAAACGACAUUCAAAACGUAUUUCGCGAAUUCUUUCCUGAUUUGUGCAUUGCUGAUAGGAAUGAAGACAUGAAGGAGUUGAAUUCAGUGACUUUCAGAUCGUGUUUGGAUAAAGUGAAAAGUUUGGGAAUUAAUGAGCUCACUCCUACAGAAACUAGCCUUAGAGACACUGUUCUGAGUCUCAAGGAGAAAUGUCUUUUGUGAUCCUCUUCUUAUUUUCGUACUUUUUAAUUGCAGAUCUCUAUACGUUUCAUAACUUAUAUGUAGUCUUAAUUACUUGUUAGUUAAAACAAAUAUAAAUUCUAUAAUUUCCCCAUAAUAAUUAACUACCAUCGUUAUGCAU